AUGUUAAUUAAUAAACUUUCAAUUAAUGAUUAUCAAGAAAUACUUGAUACUUUACAUGGAGAUCCUAAAUUUGCAAUUAUAUAUUUUUGUCUAAAAUCAGAAUUAAAUUGUUGGUCUCCGACUACAAAAGUAGUUGGAUGGAAAUUAUUUGAUGAUUCCUAUAUUGCAUAUGGAGUUUUAAAUAUUCUCCAAUCUGGAAAACCAUAUUUUCAUAUGCAAAGUAAUAUAUUUGAUAUAGAAAAAUCUGAAAAAGCUGCAAAAUAUUUAUUUAUAGAAAUUUUACCUUUUUUCAGAGAUGAAGAAGAUUUUUGCAUUGCAUGUCCCAAUGAAUUUAUGAUAUCAUUUCGUAAAUUAUUUGUACAAACAACUCCUUUUAUUCACAUAUUAAUUGAUGAUGGUGGAAUUUUGUUUUAUAUAGAUGAAAAAAGUUAUGAAAAAUAUAUUGAUAAAGAAAUAAUUAUUCCAGAAAAAUAUAUCAUUGAUAAAUUAUCACCAGAAGAUUCAGAAAUGAUGGUAAAUGUAUAUUUAUUUAAAGGUAGAGGUGAUAUUAAUCGUAUUACUAAUAGAAUUAAUGAAUUUCCAAAUGUAUGCAUUAAAGAUAAAGAAUCUAAUAAAAUUGUAUCAUUUAUUCAUAAUGAUGGUUAUGGUUUUCUAGCUCAUCAAUAUACAUUCCCUGAUUAUAGAAAACAAGGUCUAGGAACAAUAUGUGAAAAAAGUCUAUCAAAAUUUAAUAAAAAAUUACUUAAUAUUAUUCCAUUAAAAGGGGUUUCUAUUCAUAGAAAAUAUGUUCUUGAAUAUACAAGAAAAUCAGGAUAUUGGAGAAGAAUUCCUAGUAGUAUACAACAAGAUACUGAUAUAUAUUGGACAGUUUUUUCAAAAAAAAAUCUUGAAAAAGUGAUAGCUAAAGACAAUUAA